GCUGAGUCCGGAGCUCUGCAGUGUGACUGGGCGAUGUGACUUUUCACACCAGCCCUCCAGGUGCACACCAGCCCCCCAGCAAGGCAAGGACUGGAUAAAGGCGCCUCCCCAGCCCAGCAGAUCGGCCUCAGACCCCGUACCCUACCCGGGUCUUUGCCACACCUCGGCCUCCCUCUCUUCUGGCUUCCCCGCGGACGCCAAGGAAUCUUUCCCCUUCCUUCUAUCUCACCCCGCCCCCCAAACCCUGUCCUUCUCCCUCUUUUUACUAUCCCUCCCUCCUAAUCUCCCCGAUCCCAUCCUGGGAAGAAGGGCGCUCCUCAAUCGCAGCCCCGGUGUCGGGGGUACUCUCCCACACGCCCUCUCCGUCCUCUCCCAACCCAAAGCAGCGUCCCCCUCCCUACCUUCCCAUCCGUGCCCUCCCAGAGCCUCUCGGGGGCCAGAACCAUGGCGGCUGGAGGCAGCCGGGGGUCCCAGGCGUCCACCUUCGUCCAGUGCCUCGGGGGCGCCCUGCUGCUGCUGCUGAGCCUCUGGUGCCUGUCGGUGAGGGCUGACGGGAAACUCUUUGUGCUGGAAUCCUGGAAUGGCUCUCAGGGCCUGGAUCUGUCUGUGGCUCAGGCCUCCUGUGCGGCCUCUGGUGCUCACCUCGCUACUGCUGCGGAGCUGCGGCGAGCUGUGCUGGAAUGUUCCUUUGCCACGUGCACCACCGGUUGGCUGGCAGAUGGCACCGUCGGGACAAUGGUGUGCGGCAAGAUGAAUGGGGAGCAGCAGAGUAUGAAAGCUGUGGACGUGAAAAUUGAAAGUGAGCUGAUUCCCGGCAACAAAUAUGAUGCCCUUUGUGUCAAGGAUGAAGAUAAACCAUGCGGGGAUCCCCCUUCCUUCCCCCACACCAUCCUACAUGGCCACACUGGAUUUGAGAUGGGGGAUGAGCUGCUGUAUGUCUGUGCCCAGGGCUACGUCAUGGGUCACAAAGAGACUGCCUUCACCUUGCUCUGUGACAGCUGUGGGGAGUGGUAUGGACUGGUACAGGCCUGUGUGAAAGGUGAAGCUGAGACACAUAUUGACUAUGAAGAGAAUUUCCCUGAUGACAGAUCAGUGCCACUCACAGAUCAUAAGAAGGAUCAGAGGAAGGAGGAAGAGAAGGAGGCCAGGGGCCAGGAAGAAGCCUCUGACAAACUAAAGCAGGGUUAUUCCAUCUCUGUUUCACUAGGGAGAGAAAGCGUGGCUGGCAACAAAGACAUAAAGACGAGGGGCCUGCCUGGAGGAGAAGGCAGGGCUCCCACAGAAUCUCCUGUCUCCUUGCUGAGCCAGAAACAUUUAUUUUGGUUCCCAGCUGAGGGUUUUCAUGAGCCUGAGUUGGAGAAGGAGAUGAUAGAGGAGAAUGGCCAGAGGCAUUUUUCCGAUGGAGAUAACCAUAUUGGAGUGAAAUCAAGACUCCAGGAGCCAGGUGCCAAAAUGAUCUAUGAUAGUGCUGACUUCCCCAUUGGACCGACCAUGGGCAGGAAUGACAGCAAGGUGGGGGACCACAUUGUGAGCAGCAGUGAUGAGUCCUGGUUAGAUGGCUACCCUGUAACUGAUGGGACAAGGGAGGAAGAAGAAGAUGAUGAAGGGGACAAGGGGGAUGGCUCAGUAGGUCUGGAUGAAAGUAUUCUGGUGAUAACUGACCAGCCCAACCAUGUAGAAGUUAAAAAAUCCAGCAGUAGCAUGUUCACUCUAGGUGAAGAUAUAACUCAGUUGACUGUCACUCUGAUAAGAACAUUGGACUAUGAACCAGGGACCUUCACACCUACUACUGCCCCUGAGAAUGUGAGUCCCAGCAAAGGAGCGAGUGACAUGGUCACAUAUCAGUCCACUGUGCCUUGGGGAUUUGCAACGGAUGAAUCUCCAGUGUCCACCUUGCUCUAUGACCUUACCAACUCAACCCCAGGGACAAUGACGAUAGCAGAUCCCCAGCCCCUUGACCAUAUCCCAUCACCCAGAGAUGCUGAGAGAGUUGCCACCACUCUUCCUCCUACCCAGACCACCAUGCUCAGCGCCCAUAGUAGUUUCCCAGACUCACCCUCUGAGAGAUUCAUGGAGCAGGAGCUUCCUACCUCGAGCAUAAAAGAAGAGCCUCUUCCAACCACUGAGUCAUGUGUGGGGGAGGAUUGCUCAAAUAUCAGUAAAGGCCCCGUGAUUGCCAUCAUAGUGAUCGUUCUGUGUUUGUUACUGCUGCUGGUGGUUAUCAGCGCCGUGUGGUGCUAUAGAAGGCAACAGCAGAAGAGUUCUGUGUAUAAGCUGAAUGGGAAAGGUCAGACGCGGCAUUAUCACCAGCAGAUUGAAAUGCAGAAGGUCUAACUGCCACCAAUGGGCUUGUCCCUUCAGAAGCUGGUGAGAACGACCAUCAAACCCAGCUGGUGAACUGGGACAAUUCUGGAGGGUGUGACUUGGCUGGGGUGGGGGAAGUGGCUCACUCACCCAGAAGAAGACUGUCUUCUUUUCUGAACACCUAACCAAACAGACAUUUUGAUGUUCAUUUUAAAGACCCUAGAGGGACUCCACAGUGGAAUAAAAAAACUUAAAAUGCUCCAUUUUCUACUUCUCUGUUGCCUUCCACAUAUGCAAAGGAGAAAGCACACCCUGGCUGGCAAUGCUCUUGUUAUCUUUCCCAUGACUUCCUUCACCAAGCAAAAGCCUGUGUUUUUGCCCUCCUUCCCAACAUGAAGGAAAACAUCCCUUUUUGGGUUGAUCAUGCUGCCUUUCUUGAAAAAGAAAAAAAAAGUAAUUGGCCCCAUCCUUCAAAUUGAUGAGAUAUCAAUGAGCUGGAAUUUUGAGGCCUGUGUUAUCUAUCUAUCUGGAUGUUUUAUUGCCAAGCAUGGGACUGAGAAGAUAUAUCAUGUUGUCGCCUUAUUAUUUCGUGAUGUUGCCCGGGGAGAAUAAAUUAGCUCAAUUUGGAGCCUUUGGCUUUAGAAUGGCAGAUCAAAGAUUGCAAAGCAAAGGGUUUUUAGAGACUUCUAGUGGGUGUGAAUGUGGAGGAGAGUGCCCUUCCUGGCCCUGAGACAAAGACUUGACUCUAUUCUUUGUUGAGUGAUGUCAACUCUAAGCCAAUCCACUCAGCCUCCUUUGCAGAGCAGCGACCGGGUCAUUCUUGGCCAUGAGUGCCCGGUGCCAUCUGCAUCUUUUUAAAAAGGAUGGUAGAAACCAGUCAUUGGCCCUCCUCACCACAGUAGCACUUCCUUCCUCCGAAGCUGGGAGAGAGACUUAUGAAAAAGGGCAGGGGACAUGUAAGAAGGGGAAAGAAGUAGCAUAACCAGCGUGGCUACUUUGUUGAUAAUGGAAAGGAAGAGGAUUUUGAAAUGGCCACAAUUGGGAGCUCCACCCAACCAGGUACUUUGGACUGAAUUUGUUCUGUAGCCCAUUCUGGAACCGGACAUCUUUUGAGAAGCUGAAUAUUACUGGAAAAGAAAUGAAUUCAAAUGUAGACGUGGAGGAGGUCAGAUGAUGAAGCAGAUGUACAUAAAAGACAUUUUCCCCUCUCAUUCUAAAACCUCACUUGUUUUGCUUGAUAAGAAACCAGCACAUGCAUUAGUGGCAGCAUGGGGGAGCUGCCCUAAGAGCCAUGUUUGUCCUUUACAACAGAUUGUUGACUUUGUGGCCAGUAUACCCGUCAGCCUCUUCCAACAUGAAUAACCUAAUUAGAAAUAACUUUCAAUAAUAAAUGGUUGGGGGUGGGGUGGGGAGAGUGGGCAUAAAGGAGUCAAGACUUCCUAAAGCACCUGGAAUAACUGGGCUCCUUUAUGGAGUUACAAAAUCAACCAUUAGUGUUUACUGAAAGCAUGUUUUAAAAGAGACAUUAGAAACUUGCCUACUCUUUUCCUAGGUCACCUUUUUUGGGUGCAGUCUUUGUAAAAAGAACAAUAGGUCAGAGAGCUGAUCAGAUAAAUUACUAGGACAAUCUAGUGCAGCCUUGAGGCCACAUGUGGUCUUCUAGGUCCUUGGGUGUGGCCUUUUGACUGAGUCCAAGUUUUACAGAUCCU